UCCAGCCGCAGUGUCGGACACGAUGAGCUCCGUCCACUUCCUCUUCAUCGCACUCUUCUGCUACUUCCACCACUCUGCCGCCGAAGAUGACCUCGCUGUGUCUAAACUAGUGCUCGGACAAGGAUACCCGUUUGAAGAACACGAAGUGGUGACAGAAGAUGGUUACAUCCUCAGCCUACACAGAAUACCUUAUGGCAAGAACAAUAAGGGGAAGAUUGGAAGACCUGUGAUAGUCCAACAUGGUAUCCUCGCCAGCUCUGCAUGCUGGGUCAUCUCCAGGCCCGACCAAGCUCUAGGUUUUAUCAUGGCGGAUUAUGGUUAUGAUGUCUGGAUGCCCAACAACAGAGGAAACACCUACAGUCUCAAACACACAACUCUUGAUCCUAAUAAAUCUUCUGAUAAAAAGAAAUAUUGGGAUUUCAGCUUCCAUGAGAUGGGUUACUAUGACCAGCCUGCCUUUAUCGACUUCAUCUUAAACAAAACGGACCACAAGAAACUCUUCUACAUCGGCCAUUCCCAGGGGACGACCCAGUUCUUCGCCUUGAUGUCCACGAGACCAGAGUACAAUGAGAAGGUGAUACACAUGUCCGCCCUUGCACCUAUCGCAUUUUUGGAUCACUCCAGAGGAACACUCAAAGUCCUCUUCUUCUUAAGUAACUUGCUUUCGAAAAUUGCCGACUUCUUACACAUUUACAACGUUUUGCCUAGCUCUCCCUUUAUGAGGGGGGUUGAUAAACUGUUCUGUAAAACCUUACCUUUUACUAAUAUUUUGUGUGAAAACAUACUCUUCCUGAUUGCUGGUUAUGACUCUCAGGAACUUAACAUGACAUUACUCCCUGUUAUCACAAAAUACACCCCAGCUGGUGCAUCCUCCAAGCAAUUGAUACACUUCAGUCAGAUAGCACACAGUGGUCAGAAGUUCGCUCAGUAUGACUAUGGAUGGUAUGAAAACUUGGUUCGUUACCAUCAUCCAUAUCCUCUGGAAUACAAUGUGUCUCGAAUCACUACACCAGUUACACUGCACUAUUCCCAUAAUGACUGGGUAUCUGGCAUUAAGGAUGUUCUCAUGCUCAAGUCCAAACUGCCCAAUGCUGAAGACAUUCUUGUUCCCUUUUUCUACUUCAAUCAUCUUGACUUUAUGUGGGCCAAAGAUGCCUGGACUUUACUAUACAAACCCAUGUUGGAAAUUAUUCUGCGUUACUGAAAACUCAACUGCAAUGCAACAUACUAAGUUAUAUUAGUAUGAAUAGCAGGUUAUUUCAACUAAGCAAUUUUCUAUGUACAAAUGUCAAAAAUGAGUUAAUAAAACUUAUUUUUAUAACUGUAAAUAUAUGUAAAUUAACAUUAAUGGUUAUUAUUCUCAUCAAACUCACAACAUAUUGAUUAUCUUUAACUAAUGAAUUGAGAUGGUAGGUGUAAAAAGGAGAAUUAAGCAAAAAUUGUAUUUUGAGAAAAAUGUAUUUGCAACUUUUAUUCUCUGAACAUAAUUUGAUUUUGAGUUAUACUGCACGUACUACAUUAUUAUCUUUCUCUAUCUGUUAACAACCUUGAAAUAACAUGUUGCUGUUAUCUGAGUUUCACUGUUGAAAAUGAAAUUUAAAUAUUAAUAAACAUGACUUAAAAUGUCUUUUUACAUAGAACUAUUUUGAAUAAAUGGUACGGGAAUAUUUUAAAAAUAAAAUAAAUUUAGCUUGCUUGAAUAUAAAUUUAUUUAUUUACAAAUUAAAUGUCAUGUUAGGUAAAAAUACGUAAUUUUUUUUAUAUCCCUUAUAUAAAAUGUAGGUGAGUGAAAGACCUAAACAAUUCUGAAAACAAAAUUAAUCUUUAUCUUAAAUUUUCUCUCAUCUGAAUACAUCUCCUCUUGCACAUUUAAAAGCUGUGGUCUCAUCAAAUACCAGUUCAAACCACCAUUUACUGUACAGGGCCACUACAUAUCACCUCUCACAAGGCCAAUUUUAUAAUAAUAAUAAAUAGAAAAGAUUGACUUGAUGUCAUGGAACAUUUGUAUCAUUCUGGAUUCUUGAGAUUGAUUUGAAAUUUGGAUAAAACAUUAAUCAGAUUACACAGAAGCUGAAAAUGAGUCCUC